CUCCUCCUCCUCCUCCUCCUCCUGCCCCUCUCAAGCCACGUCGGCCCGAGUGGGCCCCCGCAGCGCCGCUCGGCCGUCGUCCCGGGGCUUAAUGUGGGGUGGUGCGCCGCUCCCUGCCGCUUGAGGUCCAGGUGCUCCUGGCAACGCCGGGUUGAAUUCGUUCGCCUCCUCGCCCAGUGCAUGCUACAGCUACCUGCUUUCCUGGUGGUCUUCCUCGUGGUCUUGGGGCCGGGCUUCUUGGCUGGCGGGCUGCUGGGCGUGCAGGUGCUCGGUGUGGGCAUGAUGCCAGUGCUUUGUUCGAGGCGUUUUGUUCAUACAAUGCGGGACUGGGCCCAUUUCUACUGGUUUGCUUUGCUCAGUUGUAUUCUGGUGGGAGUUGGCUCAGUGCAAUGUUUAUGCAGGGUUCGAGGGACGAGCCGUGGUGGCUAGCAUUCCCCUCGCCCAGGGCCUGGAGUGCCCUUGUUUGAUGCUGUGGGCGCUGCUUACGUCAACCAGCACGUGGGCCACAUUGCCGUGGGGGUGGUGUGUUGUCGCGCCGUACGGGUUUGUCCUGCUCGGCAUGUUCUUCGCUGUUGUGUUCUACUCGGGUAAGGCGUUUAUCAUCAUCUUGGACGGGGCUGCGGUUGCCAUACUGUGGUUGGAUUCCUCAUGGUUGAAAGAAGCUUGGCGCUCGCCAUGGUGCCGUGGGCGGCUGCAGCCGUGGCUCUUCGUCGUCUCUUUCGGGGUGGUGGUAUUGUCCUUCUCUGGGUUGCAUGGCAUCGUUUUCAUCUUGGGCUGCAGGCACUUGGUGUUGUACGUGUACUGAGGUGUGAUUGGUUGGUAGGGGCUGAGCUUGCACUCAGGAGCCCGCCAUGAGGAAUUCCAGGAAUUCCUCCUCCUGCCCCUCCUUCCUCCUCCCCCAUUCGGAGCAUUCCUGAACGCCCACCGGCCCAACAAAUUCUCGCCCAAAGAUUGUGCUGGACGACGCGACGGAGACGCGAGCGACCAGGCUCGGACGACAUUCGUCGCAGACAACCCGGAAUGGUGGAAUUCGUUGCUGCAGGAGUUUUGCAAGAUUUGAAGACCUACGGCCCCACGCGGCCUGCCCCGAGAGGGCCCGGUCUUCUCGGCCUCUUCCUCUUCGUCCUCCCAACGGAUGACCCAUACAGAUGCAGCUCCGAGUACCGCUCGAGGCAGGUGAUACGAAGAAGAGGGGCGAUCAAAGAACGAGUGCGGUGCGAUUUGGCCUUUUCGCAUCGGCAGUGUGCUACAAAAUUGAUGCAACUCGAGCCAUGCGGGCGCUGCCUCUGCGGCGUGUGCCGAAAUGUGGCGGGGCCGUCAGGCGGGCGCUGCCACUGAGGCCGAGCCCACUGAUAUGCGGCCACGAACCGUAUGAGGGGCGUGAAAAUGGUGGCGGGUGCGCCAUGCGGACCCUCCCACGAUGGCCUCCGGUGGAGCUCCUCAUGGGACCCCGGAUUUUAUGAGGGGUGUGCCGACAUGGGCCCGGUGGUGGCAUGCGGACCUUCC